AGUGUGGUGGUCGGGAGCAUUGAACGAAAGCUACCCAAAUCAACGUGGAAUCAAUGGAUAGAACGAGGUAGAAAGGGACACAUAGUGAUUCUUGAUCACAACACAAAGUUCACAGAUAUCAAGCCAGAGAGUAAAAUUCAAAGUUUGAAAGAUGCAAUAUAUUUAUACGAUACGUCGUGUACUCUCAAGUCAGAACCACGUUUUCUCGAUGGUGGCUAUGAAGCUUGGAUGUGGCAUUAUCCAUCGUUGGUAACCAACCCCAAACUUCCCGAGGUAAAUAUGCAGAAAGAUGAUGUAUUAUUAAAGAGCCAAUUUUUUCUAUGGCACGUAUUUGCUAGUCUCCUUCGCAGCCGCUCUUUGUGUCGAGCUCGUGGAGAGAAACCUCGACACAAAGAGUGGCUGCGAAGGAGACUACGUAUUCGCGAAGAAAAGUGUUCAAAACCGAAAAUCUUUUUGGCGUACUGUACAUCUCAAAAUUGGUUUGUUUUAACUUUAUUCUUUAGUUUAUACAGUUAACUACCUUUUUAAAUGUAUUUGCCAGUUGAAAAACAUAAAAUAAUCUACCUCCUCCGGAGGCCAUACAGCCCGCAACGAGUAUGCCCGUUCGCAUGUUCAAAUUUGAGACGAAGGCUUGCGUAGCUGUAAGAUUCCCACCAAUUUUCAAACUGAGUGAAUUGGCGCAGAACGUAACAGCUGUCUACGGCAAUUUUGGCAGUUUCCACGGCAUUUUUUCAAAUUAAUAAAAAUUUAAGUUUAUUGUUACUUUGGAUUGUUGACAAGCUAAGUAACAUGUUUACGUAUUUCUUUAAGUGUCUUUUUUUCGAAGAAAACUGAGACUAAAAUAGUAAUUUACGCAUGAUUUGAUCAACAUCUGAAUUCAAGUAUCAAAAUAGUAACGCACAGUGAAUAGUAUAAAAAUUACACUAUACGGCAAAAAAUUGCCGUCGUUGCCACAAUAAUCCACGGCAUUUUGUUCUUCCUCUACGGCAACUGCCGCGAUUGCCGCGAUAAAAUUAUUAGGUCACUCCGUUGAAUAUGAUUUUUUAAUAUUCAACGUUAUGACGUCACUCCGUUGAAUAUUAUGUCAAAACUCCAUAUUUGGUCAACUAUUGAGUUGAUAUGACGAUUUCACAGUUGGCUGUUAGCCAAUCAGAAACCAUGGAUCUUUUAACUAAAUAAUAUUGAGCGCAUGUUACAUACAGUAACAUACGAAAAAUUCUUCUCUUCAUUGGUUUCAUUUCUUUCUCUUUACAGCAGAUCGUACCAUCUGAAAAUAAAGCACUGUUCAGUUUAGACUCGAUCAGUUACCCCGAGUUACCAACACUUCCCGAGCCUGCCCAACCUAAACCUCAAUCAAAUGGUACUACAAAUGGUCCGGUACAAGCUAAGCUUAACUCGCCAUCAAACUCCCAACCUUCACCAACCGGCGCUAGCCCCCCUGCUGGGACUAUGCUACAGCGACAAAAUGGUCAACACGCAACCGUUCCUGCUAGCAUUUCACAAAACGUUCCAUCUGCAAUGAGAGCGGUCAAUCCUGCCAGCUUACCAAAUAAUCAGAGCUUGCCGAGACCUCAAAACGCACAAAAUAUCCCGCCUAAUGUUCCUGCUACCCAACCAUUUCCAAACAACACCACACAACAACAGCAGUUGCCAUCACAAGGAAUGCCUCAACAACGGUCACCAAGCACCAGCCCAAAUGCUGUCAGCAACGUAGUUCCUAACAGCAAUGACGUCAUCCGCAUGGGACCAAACUCUCCCCAGGGACUUAGCCCUACCCAUCAACCAAGGCUCGUCCAUGUCCCAGUAAUCUCUAACCAUGGCUUACAACCUGCAAACCAGAACACCCCAAGACAAAUAAUACCUAACAUUCCAAGUGCACCACAAACCAAUGGUAACGGCCAAGCGGUUCCUACCAGUAACGUAUCACAAACUGUCACCUCACUGCCAAAUAACCAAUCACAGGCUGGUAAGUCACUUCUGCUGAACCAAGCACAGAAUGGCACCCCACAUCCAAUGGUACGACCUGUAGCACCUCAGGCAAGUACCAAUACGAUGACCAGUAAGAACUCGCCAGUUGCGGGACCAUCUAUGGCACCAACACCGCCAUCUCAAAUACCAUCAACUGUUACCUCCCCCCAGCAACCUCCUCAACAUCCCUCAGGUGUAGUUGCCCCCCAACCCCCGUACACUGUCAAUGGUCAAUCUAACCCCACACCACACCCUCAGACCCUUCCUUCUAACAUUUCCCCUACUCAUCCACAACCCUCUAUGUCUCAACAACUUCGCCCAAAUGUUAGUGGAAUCUUACCAAAAAUGACAGCAAGAAACCCCUCUAAUAUCCCUGGAAGUACUACGCACGUACCCCAACGUCAAGCAACGUCAGCACCUAUCCCAUCAAACACUACUCAUGUACCCCAAAGUCAGCGUCCCACAUCUAUACCCAAUGUACCCCAGACAUUCACGAGCAGCCGUACUGGGAUGACCCAUGGCCUCCCCCCUGGUUGGGAACGUGUUUUAGAUAGAAAGAUGGGGAGGUAUUACUUCCAAGAUCACAACACCAAGACAACACAUUGGAACCCGCCUGAGAGUUUGACUCAAACUAUGAACCAAAGCAUCAUGGGACAUAACGCACCAACGGCCAAAGAAACCGAGCCUAAAAAACCAUCACUCAAAAGGUCACUAUCGUCACCAAAUCUCGCGAAGAUAGACGCCGAGGAGACUAAGCCGAGUGCACCAAAGGGUACUGCCAGCCGUCCAACGGUAAACCGUAGGACAAAACCACUAACCGAAUCACAAUUGGCCAACCUUGCUCCAAACCACGGCGGUCAUGGUAAAGCCUUGACCGGGUUGAGAAAUCUUGGAAAUUCCUGUUACAUGAAUUCCGUAUUACAGUGUCUCAUUGCCACCGCCCCCCUGGCCCAGUAUAUACUACACUCGUAUUAUCUAGAUGAUAUCAAUAAGACAAACCCACUUGGCACGGGGGGUCGUAUAGCCGAAGAACUGGCAGUACUGACUAGGGUUGCACACGCGGGGAACUAUCGGUCUGUAUCGCCAUAUGAAUUUAAGAGAACCAUAGGGAGGUUCGCUCCAGAGUUUGGUGGCACAAAACAACAAGAUUCACAAGAAUUCCUCUUGGUGCUACUCGAUCAAUUUCACGAAGAUACAAAUAGGGUAGGUGAAUAUGUUGUCAAUUGAUUAGUUCAACUCUGACUCUC